UCCCUAUAAAAUAAUGUAUGCACUACGUGUGACUCCAGUCAGGAAAAAGGCUAUUAUUCCGUAUUGCACCAUAUUGCACAGUUAUAUGCGGGCAGAACUUGAAUUAAUGAGGUAUUAAGAAGGGCCACCUGAUACAUUAGGUACCUAGGUAUAGGUACGGUGAACACCGCCACGCAACACCCAAGCCACAGUGACGGUUUCGGCAUGUUUUUAAAGACCAGGUUCCCCCUUCGUUGACAGUUGAUUGAAUUGAAUCUGAGGGGCUCCCUAAGGCAUGGGUUGUCACCAUGAAGCUUCAGACACUCGCGCGACUGGCUUUGCUUCAUAUACUGCCUGACUGGCUUCCGAAAGUCAAAGCAAGCCAGUAUGGGGAAAAUCAUGAUCCUGUAGAGAAAGACGAAGCUCUCGUGGCGGCUCAUUUCCCAGAUACGAACCAAGUGCUCCUCUCUCCUGCUUUCUUAACCCCGGAGAGUGUGCUCGCUGGCUUCGCAAAUGGCACCGACGGUCCAACAGAUGACGCGGCCCUUAACGAUUUCCUACGAUCCAUUUCCGAUAGGAACGAUUGGGUUCACUACCACGUAGCGGGUUUCACAUCUGAGGAAGGUCGUCCAUUCCCAUAUGUGUAUCUGUCAAAGGAGCCGCUAGAGUCGAGCAAUGGAAACACCCCUAAGCUACGAGUUUGGAUCCAAGGAGGUGUACAUGGCAAUGAGCCCGCUGGAGAUCAGGCUGUCUUAGCCCUCCUUGGAAAGUUAGACGCGAAUGAGACCUGGGCAACAUCGCUUCUCGACAGAAUGGACAUUAUGCUAUUUCCUCGCUAUAAUCCCGACGGCGUGUCGUAUUUCCAACGAGAUUUGGCUUCUAACCUUGACCCCAAUCGUGAACAUACCAAACUCGCGCGACAUCAGUCCCGUGAGAUCAAGCAGCUAUUGAGCUCGUUCUCACCCCACAUUGCGGUUGAUAUGCACGAGUUCACUGGCACUCGUCUCACCGGCAGUCAUUACAAACAUGGAAUGGAUGCGCUAAUUGCGCCUGGCAAGAACCUCAAUACCCACAAGGAUAUUCGGAACAUGUCUGAGACCCUUUUUGCGUCCGGAAUUGCGAAACGACUUGAAGCUGCUGGUUUCCGAUGGGAGUCGUACUUCACUGCGUCAUAUAGUGACGUACCUGGUGUCACCUUAGCAGAGGCUGGAAGUGAUGCAAAGGCCGGACGCAACAGCUACGGCUUGAUGCAAUCGAUAGCCAUCCUUAACGAAGUCCGUGGCAUUCGUCUUGCAGACCAACAUUUCCAGCGACGUGUAUCAACUGCACUGACUAUGGUGUCUGCCAUUCUCGAUAUUGCUCUUGAGAAUGUUGAUGAGGUCUAUGUCACUGUUGAAAAUGCAAUUGAGCAAUUUAUCGCCAGCAAUGAUGAUAUUAUCGUCACCGAUUAUCAGAACCUCACAACUCGCUCAGUUUCAUUUAUCGACGUGACAAAUGGAAGUUUGGUUCAACUCCCCGUUAACUGGCUCAGCACAACACCAACAAUCGCGAAUCUAACCCGGACACGCCCUGAAGCCUACCUGAUUCCACGAACGUGGUCAGACCUUGCCAUUCGUCUACAGGAGUCUGGGGUCAUCGUUGAGACUCUUGACUAUGAAUAUCGAGGGACUGUUGAAGCGCUGAAAAUAGCAUCGGCCUCUUCAGCACAAUCGUACUACGAGGGCGCAAUCCAGGUCACAGUGACUACAGAAGCCUACCAAAGAGAGGUUCACCUCCCUGUUGGGAGCUUUCUCAUCAGUACAAGGCAGAAGAAUGCAGCAUUAGCCUUCGUCACACUCGAACCGGAAGGCAUUGAUUCGUACGUUCGAUUCAAUCUUAUUCCGGUACAGACUGGCGACGAGUAUCCUAUUUUCAGGCUUCUAUCAAAACCAGCUCAACGGCGUCGGUCUGAUGAGCUCUAAUUGUGCGAUCUGAAAAUACGUCAGUUCAGUCGUGACAGAUAAUGGUACCCGUAUGUAAUUCUUAAGCAUGCAUCCCAUCUACUCUAAUAGCGAAUUUGAUCCUCAACGCCCUUAUCCUUGAUAUCAUCCUUGUCGUGGAGUGACUGGUGUAUUAAACCAUGGUUUUAAAAGUGGCCGGCAUGUUUGAACUAGCGCCCCUGACAUUUUGCCGAUUCAAAACACUC